GUACGUACGCCUUACGUGGUUUGCGUGUGACGUCACCGCUCCUCACAUGUGGGCCGUGUGCUAUCACAACAUUUAGCUUGUUUACAAAGUGCUUUUUACAGACUAACUCUUGGUCUUCACACACAGGGGACAGCCAUGGCCUCCAGCUGCCGACGGCCUGAGCACACAGCUCCUCCGGACGUGUUCUACAAUGAAGAGGAGGCAAAGAAAUACUCUCAGAACUCUCGAAUGAUUGAGAUCCAGACCCAGAUGUCAGAGAGAGCAGUAGAGCUUUUAAACCUGCCAGAAGGACACCCGUCCUUCCUGCUAGAUGUGGGGUGCGGCUCUGGUCUCAGUGGAGACUACCUGUCAGAGGAGGGACACUACUGGGUUGGAGUCGACAUCAGCACCGCAAUGCUGGAUGUCGCACUGGAUAGAGAAGUAGAAGGAGACCUUUUAGUGGGGGACAUGGGCCAGGGAAUGCCUUUCCGACCCGGUACCUUUGACGGCUGCAUCAGUAUCUCCGCACUGCAGUGGCUCUGUAAUGCCGACAAAAGGACACACAGUCCUCCAAAGAGACUCUACACCUUCUUUAGUACUUUAUACUCUUCUCUGUCAAGAGGUGCACGUGCAGUUUUUCAGCUUUAUCCAGAGAACUCAGAACAGCUUGAGCUGAUCACAACGCAGGCCAUGAGGGCAGGCUUCAGUGGAGGCAUGGUGGUGGAUUACCCAAACAGCAGCAAGGCUAAAAAGUUCUUCCUGUGUCUGUUUGCUGGAGCAUCAGGAGUCCUUCCCAAAGGAUUAGGAACAGAAACUUCAGACAGAGCUGUUUCCAACCAGGUCCAGUUUUCAGGACAAAGAUGCCGGUUCAAGAACAUGAAGGGGAAAUCAGCGAAGAAAGGACGAGAUUGGAUCUUUGAGAAGAAGGAGAGGAGGAGAAGACAAGGACGGGAGGUUCGAGCAGACACAAAAUACACCGGACGUCAGAGAAGACCUCAUUUUUAGCUCUGGCUUACGCUGUUGUGCCUUCAUUAGCUCUCGUCUGUACCAGGCCGCACACACACCGCCUCUGGAAAUGCAGAGUGUUUGGACUCAUUUUCAAACUCUUUAAUUCAAGUGGAUGAGAUGAGAAGGGUAAAAAAGCAAUUACAGCUGAUCGUUUUUAUAUUUGGUUGAGUGUUUGUUUCUCACAAAUGAUGGUAAGAUUGCACUCUCCAGGUUCAUCUUGGCUGGAAGACAGACAUCUGUACUGCUCAUGUGUGAGCAAAACACAGUAGAGACAGAGCUGACAGCAACAACAGUGUCGCAGAAUUAAAACAAAUUUUUAUCAAUGAUCAGAUGUCUCAUCUCUGAUCUGCUGUUUAUUGUAAUAUCUGCAGGAUUUUCACAAUUAAAAAUCUGCAAAAAAUA